UGUCAUUCUAUUAUGAGUUUCCAAGGCUACCUGUUGUCUUCCACUUCUUCACGGAUACAUCUUUUACUGUAAUACUUUUAUCCAAUCGCAAAAGACAUGUCAUCAUGCCAGCAGAAGCUCAGGGAGCUUGUUACCGUGGAGCCGGUCAUUUUUUUGUUCAUGAUGAGUGUCUUCAUUCAGAACACCGCAUUUCAACAGCUGGUCAUUUCUAAGGUGUGCUCAGAUCUGUUUGGGGACUCUACCGUGUGCAGCGACCCGGAGAAGCACCCCAGAGAGGAUGAGGAGGUGCAGAGCUCCUCCUCCAUCAUCCUCCUCCUCUACACCCUGAUCACCAGCCUCCUGUCCAUCCCCCCUGCUCUGCUCCUGGGCUCCUGGUCGGACCGGGCCAGCCGGCGAGCCGUGCUCCUGCUCCCCUGCCUGCUCUCUCUGGCCAGCGCUGCUCUGAUGCUCACCAUGGCUCUAGAACCUCGCCUCAGUGUCUACAUCUCAUUGGGUGCCGCGGGGCUGAUCGGCCUAUCAGGAGGCACCGUGUGCAUCUUCCUCAGCUCCUUUAGCUUCCUGGCCGACUUGACGGAAGGUACGGGAGCCAAUCGCACGCUGCGGAUGGCAGCAGCGGAGUCCAUGAUUUUUGUCGGCGGCGCGGUGGGAUUCCUCCUGGGCGGGGUCUUGGUGGAUCAGUUUGGUUUGUUCUCCGCCUUCGCUGCUGUCUGUUGCUGCCACACCCUCUCUGUGUUCUACAUCCUGGUCUGGCUGAGAGACCCCGCCCCUGGGCGUGCCAUAGCAGGGGUGGCCACAACCUCUGCCCCGGCAGCCAGGAUGGGUAUCCUAUCACUGGUCAGGAGGACGGUCACCACGGUGAUGAGGAAGAGGCCGGGGCAGGAGAGGCUAAAGCUUCACCUGCUCAUCAUCUGCUCCUUCUUGAGUAACCUGGCGGCAGUAGGGGAGUUUAGCAUCUUAUAUCUGUUCCUGACCUAUGAACCCAGGGAAUUCACCACUGAGCUCUACGGCAUCUUUAACUCCUGCAAAAUGCUACUACUGGGUUUUGUGCUGCUGGUCCUGUUCCCCCUGAUGCUGAGGUGCGUGGGACAGAUGACCCUGGCCAAGCUGAGCGCUCUCUGCAGGACAGCAGCAUACAUUACACUGGCCUUCUCCACCAAUACAUGGAUGGUCUUCCUGGUGGCGGUGGUGGGCGCUCCUUCUGGCAUCACCCAGGCUGUAAUACGCUCAGUGUCCUCCAGCAUUGUGGCGCCUGAUGAGCAAGGGGCGAUGUUUUCGUUCACAGCAUCGGUAGAGGCCACCUGCAUGAUGAUCUCUGGGAUCAUAUUCAACGGACUCUACCCUCUGACCCUGGCCACCUUCCCGGGCACCUGCUUUAUCGUCAUGGCAACGUUUACACUCAUCGUGUUCAUCCUCAUGCAGUGA